AUGAUCAUUAUUGACAGACUCAGUCCCCACCCAGUAGACUAUCUGUUGGAGAAGUUUCUCAAUGUCAUGCAGAACAAGAAGCUGAACGUCGAAGUGCGCACAGAGCGUGCGCAUAAGACAAUGGUGAUACUAGAGGAGCGUUACCGCAACUCAGACAAAGAACCCAUACACUUUCAACUCCUCAUAGUACAAAGGUACCAAGCACUUCUGUACUACGGACAACAAGGUCAGGUGGAUGCUCUAUUCAGAGCAGACAAGCAACCUGAUGGGAGUGAAGGGCACUUGUCAGAUAUAGAACACGCUACGUUUCAUACUAUGAGUGAGGCAAACAUAAGAGCGGCAUCCAAAAUGCGAGGUAACAGUUGCGAGUGCAGAACAAGCGUCAAAACGCACAGACAACCAUCCAAGAUGAGAAUAACACUACCACUACUCACAAACGGCAUAAACCGGACAACGGUGCACCCGCCCAAAACAAGCCAGUGGGUCAGGUACAAGAGAAGAAGGGGGCACGUGAAGAGCGUGCAUGUCCCUACUGUCUGGUGA